AUGCUACUACGACAGCAGUUAUCAACGAUUUUUGCCUCCGGUGGAUUCUACUUGCGGAAGUGGGCAUCAAACAGCGCAGCAGUGCUCGACGGUGUUCCAGCCGCCGACCUCGAAAUGCAAACAUCGAUUGAAAUCAACGAUACACGCACUAUCAAGGCCCUCGGCAUCCACUGGCAGCCGUGCAGCGACCAGUUCCAGUUUUCAAACAUACCGAACAAGAUCUUUCAGCCCACUAAGCAGACCAUGCUUUCUCAAAUCGCCAGUAUUUUCGACCCGCUUGGACUAUUGGCCCCGAUCGUCGUGAAAGCAAAGAUGGUCAUGCAACAAUUGUGGGAGCUGAAGGUGGCCUGGGAUGAAACUCCCCCCGGUAAGUUAGUUCAACAUUGGUUAGUGUUUGUGCAAAGCCUUUCCGAUCUCAAUUCAUUGCAGGUACCUCGUCGAGUAAUCGGCACGCAGGGAGCAUCGCGAUAUUACCUGCACGGCUACAGUGAUGCAUCCGAGCGAGCCAUGGGAGCGUGCAUCUACAUCCGAGCCAUUGACAACGACGGUAACACAUCAUCGCAUCUUUUGUGUGCGAAAUCUCGGACUGCACCGAUCGGCAACGGACGAACAACGCUGCCCCGUUUGGAGUUAUGUGCAGCUGUCAUCCUCUCCCGACUGAUGGUGAACAUGAAGACCGCACUCGCAUUGUCCUUUCACGAAAUGCGAGCUUAUUCGGAUUCAACGGUGGCACUGGCAUGGAUUGCUGGUGGUGCUUCAAGGUGGAAGACUUUCAUUGCCAAUCGAGUGGCAGAAAUAACCACCCAUCUUCCUGCAAUCAACUGGCAACACGUGGACACGCACCAUAACCCAGCCGACCUGAUUUCAAGAGGAGUUUCGCCAGACAAAAUAAUUAAGAAUUCGCUUUGGUGGCAUGGCCCGACCUGGUGCGGCUCUAAUGAUGGUGGGGACAACCUGCCCAUUGUUGGUCUUAAUGCUGCUCAGCAACGACAGGUAGAUAGGGAGCAACGCAUUGCAACAACCGUGUAUCUAGCUGUUUAUGAGAACAACUUUCUCGACGAGAUGCUGAACAGGUACUACCCGAAUAUGCAGCUUCUUUUGCGCAUCACCGCUCGUACACUGCGCUUUCGCCACCGAGCCAAUAGAGUGGAAUCCCGUUUAACGCCGCUCGAAAUUGAUAACGCAAUGCAAAUCUUCGUCAGGCACGUUCAGAAUCAACACUAUGGUAAGGAGAUCAACCAACUUGAUAAGAAUCGUGACGUCAAUUGCACCAGCUCUCUUUGCCAACUUAAACCGUUCUUGGAUAAAAAUCAUCUGCUCAGGGUGGGCGGCAGACUGCAACUAUCAGAUCUCAGCUACGAUACGAGACAUCCGAUCUUGUUGCCUCACAAUUCAGUUCUCACUGCACUUGUUCUUCACCACGAGCACCAUGCGCAACUUCAUUGUGGUCCACAAUCGCUUUUGGCAGCAGUACGCAGACGUUUUUGGAUCACUCGUGGGACGAGUGCAGCCCGGAAGAUCUGUCGAGCAUGCGUUGAAUGCGUUCGAGCGAAGCCUGUACCAGUUCAUCAGCUCAUGGGACAGCUUCCAGAGGACCGCUUGAAGCCACUACCACCCUUUUCCAUCACCGGCAUUGACUACGCUGGGCCCGUCAACAUCAUCGGUCGUCGAACCCGUGGUGCUGCGGCCACUAAGGGCUACAUCGCCCUGUUCGUAUGCUUUUCAACGCGAGCCGUGCAUUUAGAAGCAGUUACCGACCUCAGCACGACUGCCUUCAUCGCCGCUUUCACUCGCUUUAGCAGUCGGGCGCUACUAACCUUCGGGGAGCGGCAUGGAAGUUUCGAGAACUAUAUCAACAGAUCAACACAACAGAGAGUGACGACGAGAUUGUUUAUUUUUUUCACCAACAAAGGCAUCCAGUGGAUGUUCAUUCCUGCCCGGUCGCCUCACCACGGGGGACUGUGGGAAGCUGGCAUCAAGGUUGCGAAAGGCUUCCUGUGUAAGCUCGGAGGUGACGCUCGUUUCACGUUCGAGGAGCUGAGUACCGUUCUCGCACAAGUAGCAGCCUGCAUGAACUCUCGUCCGAUCACUCCACUCUCCAAUGAUCCCAACGAGCCACAACCUCUCACGCCGGCGCACUUUCUCAUUGGGCGCCAACUAAACAGUGUUCCUGAGAUAAACCAGUUGGAGCGUGAGGUUGGAUCCCUAAAUAGGCAGUAUGUUCAACGAGUCAGCCAAGAAUUCAGAUCUCGGUGGCAGUCCGAGUACGUACUAUCUCUUCAGCGUAUGACGAAAUGGAAGCGAGCGGCACGGAAUCUUUCAGUGGGUGAUUUUGUCCUUUUAGUCACCGACAACGAAAAACCCAAGCAAUGGCCAAUGGGUCGAGUCGUGGAUGUGUUCCCAUGGCCCGACGAACACGUUAGGGUGGUUGAAAUUAAGACGACAAACGGUACUACCCGGCGGGAUGUGAGAAGAGUCCGGCGCAUCCCUUUGGAGGACGACGAGUACGUGCCCGGACGAAAUGGCGUGGAAAUUCCUAGACGUAAUUUGGUGGGCGGCUUAUGUCGUGGCCUGAUUUAA